CUCAAGUAGUAUAACUCAAGGGCUGGUCAGACGUACUUUCCAAGUUUCGUCAGUGUUGUUUUCCCAACAAUCGCAGUUAUAUUGUACGAAUGUCAAAAUACGCGUGAUUGAAAAUUUCUAACGACUAUAUAAAAUUGUACGAUGUCGUGUCAAUUGCACAAGGCACUUCAGCGUUAUUACAAACGGUUACAUAGUUUCUACGACGAAUGGUUGAUUAUUGGCAAGAAAAUCGAGAUAUCACUCACUGCGUUGAAUGAUCAAAGUGAAACACUUCAACUUAUUAGUGAUGAUGCAGACUACAACGAUGCCGAGAUCAGUGAGGAACUGCAGCAUAGAAUAAGAUUUAACAUUCUUAUGGUUCUUGACGAAGAGCAGGAUCAUCUCUUUAAGAUUAUGGUACAAUUCAACCGUGUUAUUCAGGAAUUGGCCAAUCUUUUGCAAAACGUGAUACGAGCUAGGAGCAAGGUAUUUGUGAGAGAUAAUGAUGAAGAAAUGAAACUACUGAUCAACGGAUCAUAUUGUCGACCGAAACUUGAUUUACUGAUGGAGUGGGCCAUCAAAUCCUUCGAAUAUUUUAACAAUCUAUACUAUUGUAUAAAUAAUGAGAUAAAAUUACUCGGUUACGACAAGAUGAAGAAUACAGAUAAGGUGCUUGCUGCUAUUAAGAAGGCCAAUGAAGGGAGAAUAGCUAUAAACAAAAUACUAGCUCAUACCCAAUACAUGAUUGACGAGCAAUUCCCUAAUGUAAAACAUAAAAAUACAGGAUUACAAAAGAUCCCAGAUCCAACAUUAUCGCAGAGUGGCACAGAACGGCGGAGCUAGACGUGGAUUUCUCUAUCGUUGUGCGUUUUUUAUAUUAUUGCUUUUGAAUCAUAACAUCUCUCGUGUGUGCGGGAGAUACGACUGUUUCUGUAAUAAAUGUUAUUUAUUAUA